UUGAACAAAUUAAUCAAAUAACUUUUUUUCAGUUUUUGAUUGAUUUUGUCUUUGAACUUUGCUCAGUCACAUGAUCCUCCUUCCAGCGAAAGGGAAAACUAACUUUCUUUAGUCUCUGCAGCCUUGUGGCCUGACACAAACAACAAAAUGAAGUUUCAGAACCUCUUUGGGUUCAUGAAAUCUGUCGUUAUUGGAAUGAUUCAUGUCAAAGCUUUGCCAGGUACUCCUCUGGGUUGUUUUAAUAUGUUGCAGAUCAUCAAAGAAGCUUGCCAUGAGGCAGAGGUCUACCUUGAUGCAGGCAUUGACGGUUUGAUAAUUGAAAACAUGCAUGAUGUCCCUUACUCAUUCAACGUGGGCCCUGAGGUGUGCGCCUGUAUGACUGCGGUCUGCUCUGCUGUAAGAAGUGUCUGCCCCACGCUGCCCCUUGGAGUUCAGAUCCUGUCUUCUGCCAACCAGCAAGCACUAGCUGUAGCUUUGGCUUCAGGUCUGGAUUUCAUCAGGGCAGAGGGUUUUGUCUUUUCUCACGUGGCUGAUGAGGGUCUUCUCAAUGCCUGCGCUGGGGAUCUUUUGAGAUAUCGCAAACAGAUUGGAGCUAAUGACGUGCAGAUCUUUACUGACAUCAAAAAGAAGCACAGUUCCCAUGCUCUGACAUUUGAUGUGACUAUAAAGGACACAGCCCGAGCUGCUGAGUUCUUCCUCUCAGAUGGACUCAUCAUCACCGGGGCAGCUACCGGAGAUCAGGCUGACCCUUGUGACCUCAGAGAGGUCUCCCAGUCUGUGAAAAUCCCAGUCCUCGUCGGUUCUGGGGUGACAUAUGACAACAUUGAAAGUUUCCUGGAUGCCAAUGGAAUGAUCGUUGGAUCUCAUUUCAAGCACGGUGGCCACUGGGCCAAUGCAAUUGAUCCAGUUCGAGUGACGAGGUUCAUGGCAAAAAUACAUCACCUUCGAAAUCAACAGAGCUAGUUUUCUAUAAUCAGCACAUCUUAAACGUUCUUAAGCUGGUGAUUGUCGCUGGUGUUAUUUAAGUUAACCGCAGAAUGGACUACUUCCCUUUUGUCUGUCCUGUGCUUUUCUAUUUUAGUGUCACCUGACCAGAGCACGUUCUUCCACAUGUGUGUUGUGCCCCCUAAAUGGCUUUUGGGAUUUCUUAUGUCUUUCUUCUCGCCACUCCUACAUCUGAGUCAGAUUUGUGGAGAGCACAGCUAAAAGUUAUCCUGACUACAGA